AUGCCAGAGACUUCAAACCCGCAGGACGUGGCUGUAAGAGAGGAGAGCGGCAACGAUGGAGGAGGUGCGGGCCCUCAGUCUAGGCUGUCCUUCAAGGGGACCCAAGGAUCUGAACGCCAGCUGGAGAUUUUGAGAGCAGCACACAGUCAUCCGAACAUUUUUGUGUAUGGGAAGAAGCAGGAAGCCUGGAUGGAAAUCUGCCAUGCUCUUAAUACCAAUCCUCUCUUUGCUGGCAAGCUGACGCCCACAACAGCCAAGGACAAAUUUGAGGAGCUCAAGUCCAACUGGCUGGCAAAGAACAGGAAACUUCUUGCAGCUGGCGGCCUCAACGAGCUCAAGUCGGAGUAUGACAAGCUGUUCAGAGAGGUGAUUCUGUUGGAGAACGAGCACGAGGAGGCGAGGAAAACGAAGAAGAUCUGCAAUCAUAGGAACAAAGACGUCCGUCUGUCAGACAGUGAAUGGUGUAAAGAUUUCUUCGUUGAGGCUAGCGCUCCGCAAAUGUUUCCUCCGGAUAGCAUGAACAUGGUGGGCAACAGCGGCUCGGGCAACGCCAUGGGCGCUGCUAACAGCAGCAGCGGAGGCACCACCUUAAGCACUGGCAUCUUCUCACGAGCGAUGCUCCUUGUAGACUCUCUGCACCAGCAGGGGAUCUUUACAGUAGGGCAGGCAAGGAAACUGCGCUGGCUGUGCAUGUGGCAGAAACCACCGAUUGCCGUGCUGAUGAUGGCGUACAGCACGUCUCCUGACGUUUUCUCAGCUCGAUGCAAAGAGCUGCUGGAUGGGAUGGAAGCCAACGGGCAAUUGAGCUCCUUGUUGCAGGCACAUUAG